AUGUCACGACAGCAGUCCCGAGCCCCAGGUAGCUUUUCGCCGCUUCCGGGGGGCACAUCGUCAUUGUCAACGAGCAGUGCCGCUGCGGCUGCAGCCGCAGCGCAGUCUCCUCAUCCUCUUCCUCCCCCCGCCACCGGCAGCGGCUCUACUGCUGCCCCUCGCCCCUCGAUAGACCUGUCCGACGGCGAGGAUGUCUAUGGUUAUCAGCAAGACAGGAUCGUGCUCGGACGGACACGUCCAUCUAUCGACUCGCCGUCGGCGCCCAUGUACGCGCAGCUUGCUACCACGAACAACGGCAGCAACCCGACCACGUUGAACCAACACCACUAUAACCUCCCGCGACCAGCCAAGCCAUCUGGUGGCGCCACGACAGCGUCGUCGUCACCCCUGAUGCGCUCGCACGCGAGGAAGCACUCGUCUGCCACGCCGGGCCUGUUUGAGCCCACGCUGCCGUCGGCCAGCACAUCCAACCUGUCUCAUAUCGGCAUGAGCCAGCAGCAGCAGCAGCAGCAGCAGGCUGGCGGGGGCGCUGGCGGCGCCGCGUUGUCGGCCAGUCAGAUUGCCGCUCAGGCGGCUGUCAUGUCGCACCAGCAACACACGCGACACCGGUCGCAGACGGUGCCAUUCCCCGGAGACUCCAACGACGGCGCCAGGCGUGGUAGCGGGAGCAAAGGCCCCGUCAGCCCGCCCGUCCUCAGCCUCACCGAGGCCAGCGCCCCGUCGCGCGAGAGCUCUGCCUUUAGCGGGCUGGGAAUCGCCCCCUCGGCCUCGUCGUCGCGCGUCGACCUCCCCUACGCCUCAUCUGCCGCCACGGCUGCCGCCAACGUCGUCUUCCCCCGCUCCGGGCAUAGCUCGCCCAGCCAGGCCAACUCGACGCUGCCACAGCAGUUUCAACUGCCGUCCACGGGCCCGGGUAGCUCCCACAUACAGCAGCAGCUACAACAGGCUGCCGCCACUUCCAUGCCGCCACCGCCGCCUCCCCCUCCGCCUCCCCCGCCUCCCCCGCCGGAGAAGCAGAGCAAGUCGGAGAAGGCCCGGGCCAAGCUCUUCUCGCGACCGAGCAGGAUCACAACCAAAGCAGACGUCAGGGAGAAGCCACUUCCCAGCCCGGGGAAAAUUGGGUCGGCCCUGUCGGCGCUGCAGCGCGGCAACUUCAGCUCUACCAACCUGGCGGAUCAGGGGGGGCAGGGCAUGUACAUGCACCAGAACUCGUCGGCGGCAACGAUCCGGCCCAUCGACACGCCCGCAACGGAGGAUAAGGGGAAGGAGAAGGAAAAGAGGCAUCACUUCCUAUCGCGGCAGAAGCACAAGCUCAAGGAUGAGUUUCACCUGCCGCUCUCGUCGGCAGCGAGCAACUCGCUGCCCACGGACCCGAGCGCGCCCAACAGCCUGUACAACUUCAACAUUCCGGCCAGUCCCGGCCCCGGGUCGAGCGGGUUCGUCAAGGCCAAAAAGGACAGGAAGCAUGCGGAGCGAUCAGAGAGCCGCCUAGGCGUGAGCGAAGAGUCGUCUACGCUGGGAACGGGCGGUCAGAGUGAGUGGCCCGGGCCGAGCAGCCUGCCGAGCCUGUCGCAGCAGUCGACCAUGAUGCUGGACCCCGUCGACCCGGGCAAGCUGGGCCUGCACAACCACAUGACGGUGGACGAUGCGUGGCCGUACCUCAAGGCCAAGCUGCUCGUCAUCUUCGAGGGCGAGGACCUUCGCCUGCCGGUAGAGGAUUUCAACCGCGUGGUCCAGAUGCACAUCCAGUACUGCAUCCAGCGGCGGUCGCCCAACACGAUGCUCGAGGAUUUGCGUGACUUCCUGACGGUGGGAUUCUCCUCGCUCGACCGCACGCUGCGCAGGACACCCGAGGACCGUUUCAUCCCCGCCCUCGUGGAGCUGUGGCUCUUCACAUUCACGUCCAUCCUGCCCUACAUGCAGGCCGUCUUCCUGCCCGUGGAUAUGGAAGUCGCCGGUUGCGGGACGAUAAUGACACCCGAGCAGUCGCGCGACUUCUGGGGAGGCGUCGUGGUGCCGGCCAGCACUCCCACCAGACGUCCGUCCAUCCCCGUGGCAGAUGACCAGCAUCAGCAGCCGCACGUCACGCCAGCCGCCACAGUCCUCGACGUGCGUCGCCUGGUCCUCACGGCUUACCGGGACAUCAUCAUCCUACCGCGCUACGACACUCUACGCACCAUCUUCUCGCGUCUGUCCCUCGAAUUCCUACCCUCCUCCUUCUCCAGCAGCAGCAACAACAACAACAACAACAGAUCGUCAUCUCCUGAUGCUGCCGCAUUCUCCACUUCCCCUCCCGAAUCACUAUCAUCGAUGAUCCGUCCCGGCACGGCAAUGUCCCUCGACCCGUCCGUGGCAUCCUACAACUCCACCAGCACCACACUACUAGGCGAAUUGGCCGGUGUGGGUGGAGGAGGAGGAGGAGGAGGAGGGGGUUCGACGGGAUCCGCCACGGGCGGGAGCCGCAGCCGCGCCAUCUCCAACGUCUCCUUCGGGAGCCACGCCAGCGACGGCGCAGGCGGUCACGUACGCCCCUUCACGCCCUCGAGCGCCCUGGGCAGCGUGCGUGAGCAGAACGUCCAGGACUCCAAGCAGGUGACUGACAUGGUAGGCCGGAUGCUGCAGUGCGUCAGCGUCCUGGCCAGCCUGAGCGAUGUCGGCGACGACGACGAAGGGAACAGGAAGAUGGUCGAGCUGUGCAAGAUGCUCAAGCUGAAUUGGCUUGGGAGAGGGAGGACGGGGAGGAACAGGAUGGGUAUUGUCGGGGGCAAGGUUCGUAGGGGAGGAGGGGAGGAGCUGAGAGUUGCUUGA